CCCUUAAAAUAUUACUUGUUCCCAGAGAAAAGUGGUGGGCUCUCUGUUUUGGGGGACAUAAUUAAAUAUACUUUCAGAGACUCAGAUAAAAAAAAGCCAUUGAAUAUGCAUUUUAGGGAAUCUGAGAAGGAUUCAAGCUAUAUUUUUAAAACUGCUGUUUACAAAAAAUGGCACUUACUCAAAGAAUACUUAUGUUAGUAAUAUGGAUCAAGACGUUGGACUGUUUCACUCGCCUUCACUUUCAAAUAAUGUUUAUUUCUACCAUUUUAAAAAAUAGAUUAGAUAAACCCUAACAGACGACUUAAAAUGUCAAUUGUUUGUUGUGUUACUAAAAAGAGUUGUAUAGGUCUUUUCUAUUUUUAAUGUUCAUAUUUCCUCAUAGUUCCUUAUGAACUAAAAUAACUAUUACAUUUAAGUUUAUUUGCAAACCUGUUGUUUGAACACAUAAAAUUACUUAUUUGCUAUCCAAUCAUCGGCAUAGUAACAAAAACAGAUAUAAUCAUUCAGAUCAGUUUAUAUUAUUCCAAAUGUUUGUAGGCUUGAUUUUUUGGAUAGAAAAGAUUGUCUUACAUACGUACAGUAUACUUUCAAAUUUCACUGCAUACGAUAGCACGGAAGACAUUUUCAGAAAACAAUCAGAUCCAAUAUCAGGAUCUUUUCAUCAGCAGUGUUUAAUUUUAUGUUCACUAAUUUGUGUCUUCCAUUAUUCAAAAAUGAUGCUUUUUUGACAGCCCGUAGAUAAGUUUGUAUGAAUAUUUAUUGAUUUAUUUCCUAAACUCGGCAGGGGAGCAGCAAAUAAAUUUAGUGCUUUCUUUAAAUAAUUCUUUUUCUAUGAGGCAAGAUGUCAUUUGAAACUUUUAAAUAGGCAUUUAAUUAGCUUGUGUGUGUUGCUUCUGAACAAAACCCUGCUGGGAGCCUUUGGAGAAAUGUAUUCCAAAGAGGCGGUCAAUAUGCAAAAUUGAUGACUACACUUUCUUUGUUGCAAGGCCAUUGUGCAUUGCUUGUUUAUGAAGUCUAAUCCAAUCAUAAAUUGCACCCCUGGACCAAUCAGAAAGCCCAGAGCUCUCGAUGAAUGAAGCUCAAGUGGAGAACUUUGUUGAACCCCUUUGUUCGAGCUGUCACUUUUGAAAGAGCUUUAGCAGGGCUGACCACUAUAAAACCCAUCAUCCAGGAGGAAGGGCAAAGAGAACCCUGCCAGACUUACUAGUUGGAUCUUUACUAAAGAGGUUUGCAAAGCAGAAAAAAAAAUACCAAGCCAGGUUCCUUGGACCCUGAAAAGUAUUUCAGCCUCUGCGAUGAUGUUCCCAAGUCUCAUAGCUCCUCCGGCUGUGUACCCGAAUCUCCUGCGGCCAACUCCUACUUUAACUUUGCCUCAGUCUCUGCAGUCAGCCUUUUCUAGCCAUUCUAGCUUCUUGGUGGAAGAUUUGAUCAGGAUCAGUAGGCCUGCCAGUUACCUGCCUCGGAACGGCCCUCCGCCUAGCAUGUCCCCUCCAGCCUCCGGGACCAGCCCAGCCAGGACAGACACGGUGACAUCAGAGCUCGUCAGCUGCAACACCUCUAGCGCUAGGAGGGUCUGUUCCCCGCAGACUUCAGUCUCAUCCAAUAACGAUUCCACUUUCCUGAAGUUUGGGGUCAACGCCAUCCUCUCGUCCACUCCUAGAGCUGAAACCUCCCCUGCGUUGCUUCCGAGUGUCCCUCCAAAGACAUUCUCCUUUCCAUACUUUGAAGGAUCCUUCCAGCCUUUUAUCAGAUCUUCUUAUUUCCCAGCGUCCUCCUCGGUCGUGCCUAUCCCCGGCACUUUCUCCUGGCCCCUGGCUGCUAGAGGGAAGCCCCGCAGAGGGAUGCUUCGCAGGGCAGUCUUCUCGGACGUGCAACGCAAAGCUCUGGAGAAAAUGUUUCAGAAGCAGAAGUACAUCAGCAAACCAGACAGGAAAAAGCUGGCAGCCAAACUGGGGCUCAAAGACUCGCAGGUGAAGAUCUGGUUCCAGAACAGAAGGAUGAAGUGGAGGAACUCCAAAGAGAGAGAGCUUCUCUCCUCCGGGGGCUGCAGGGAACAAACCUUACCCACCAAGUUCAACCCUCACCCAGACCUCAGCGACGUAGGCAAGAAAUGUUCAGAGGAGGAGGAGGAGGAGGAAGUGUCCCCACUGUGCCCAGCCAGCCCUCGGCACACCCUGACCUACCACCAGUCCCCAGAGCACCUGCACUUGAGGGACAGACUGGACUCCCAGAUGCCCCCCUCUCCAUCCCACUCCAGCAGCCCCAGCAAACCUUCAGACUUCUCAGACUCGGAGGAAGAGGAUGAUGAGGGGGAAGAGGAAGAGGAGGAGAUCACAGUCUCUUAGAUCUCCUGCCUGCCCCCACCACAACAGGGGACUUUGCAAAGAUGUAAAUCAAUAAAUAGAAGUAUAGAAGUGCUAUAAAAUUGAAGAGGUGGUGUCCCUCCUGAAUGUCUACAUGGUUCUCACAUGCAAGUUAUUUAUGGCAUAGCCAGGUCUGUCUACACUUAUACUCCUUUCCUUGUCUAUUUGCUCUGCUUAUGAGGCCUUGUAUACAUAGCAUCCAUUAGCCUUUCUCUUUGUAUCUAUGUUUAGCAACCAAACUUGUAUGAUAGCUGCAUUUUCCCCAUGCAAGCCACAGACAAGAUAACUGGAACACCCUGCUUUGGAAGGCAUGCUUGGUAUAUAGCAAGGGGGAAGUAAUUAAAUGGAGUGGAGACUGUGGUUUGGAGACAAAAUCAUGGUAAACGCUGUAAUCCUUUUAUUAGAUUUCAAGCGAACUCCCUGCUAUUAUUAAGUUAUGGAAAUGAUGAAAGCUGUAUGGUCUGAUCCUGGAACCCUUGUUUACAUGAGUAGUCCUUAUACAUGUGAGUAAUCCCUGUGGAACUAUUCAUGGACCAGACCCUGCUCCUCUUAAUCACAUCCAGUAGCACCAUACUCCAUGUAUGUCAGUAGGACAUAUUUGGAGUAUGUUGUUACUUAAUUGGGAGAACAUAGACCCUCAUAAGUAAGGACUAACUGGCAUGAACAAGUGUUUCAAAACUGAGAUCUAUGUGUUUAUAUUUUAAUUGGUGCAGCAAUGCUAUAUAUGAAGCACUCUCUAAACCACUUUUUGUCCACACAUCUGUGAUCAAUUUCUACAUUGCUUCUAGUAUAGGUUUAAUGUGGAUGGAGGAUAAUGGAUAUGCCUCUUUGAUUUUUGACUGAACUUUGCUGUCUUUGCACAGCUUUUAUGAACUGUACACUAUUUUGUACACUUACGCUGUAUGGAUGUUUUAUACCAAGGUUAUUGUGAAUGAGUAUAAAGAUGGACUGAUAAGAUUUCUCUCUUGUUUUUUAAUGGUUUUUAAACUAAAAAAGUAGCUGUUUAACUGUGUAACUUAUAAAAAACACUUUUAUUUUGUAUUUUAUGUGUACAGAUUUUAAAUAUGUAUAUAUAAUAAAUGGAAUG